GAGGUUCAGUAACUCGUGCGAAAAUGAAUGCAUCUGCCAUCAUUUUGUUUUGUAGUCUCUUAGGAAGCGUUGUAAGUUACAACGUACAAAGAGAACUAGUCUACAAUACAGGACCUAAUGAUCCAUACUUUGUGGAAGUCAACCCAAAUUUUGGAUUAGAACCAUCACAGCGUAUUUUUUGGGGCAGUGGAAGUGGAAGUAAUCAAGUCGGUGGAAACGGCUGGUGGUCCAAAAUUACUAAUAAAUUUCCGUUUUUAGAAAACAUGUUCGGACGAAUGAAACUACCAGCUCAAUAUGGAAUACCGAAUGUGCAACAACAAUAUGGAGUUCCAGACAAUUAUCAGCAACAAUUCUAUAAUGGUCAAUACUAUCAGCAGCCAUUGCCUUCUGGACGUGAUAUUAGUUUUACAGACGAUGCUGUGAUUGUGACACCACCUCACGUGCCCAUUGUCCCGCAGCCGAUAGGACAACCUUCUUCUGAUCAUUCAACUGGAUACAAUUACAAUAAGCCACAGUACAGAUUAGAAUUACCGCGCAAGUAAUUUUAUCUUCAUUAUAAUAUGUUAAGCUUCCCAGUUAAACGUCCCUACGUUCUUUCGUAUUAAUUUAAAUUAAUGUGACCGAUAUUUCGCGUCAUGUGUGCUCAUUCUCAUAACGACAUUGACAGCACAAUAAGAAAAUUAUAUCAUUUUUUAUUUAUUUAUUACGGGUAUGUUUUAGAGGCUCUCUUACCAGUAUUAGUUGCACUGUAAUUUUA